UACGGUUAUCUCCAGUGUUGGCCAAAAGUAAGUUCUUGUGAUUUGGGUUCUUGUUGUGUGGGAGGAAGGAAGAGUUGUGUACGGAUCGAGGAUGUGCGGAGGGGCGAUCAUCUCCGACUUCAUUCCGGCGGCGAGGUCGCGGCUGGUGACCGACGCCGACCUCCUGUGGCCGAAUCCGAAGAAGGCCAAGUCGACGAAGAAGAAGGGCAGCCGUCGCCGGCUAGCGCAGGAGACGGAGGAUGACUUCGAGGCUGACUUCCGGGAGUUCAACGACGAGUCAGGGGAGUCCGAGGAAGACGACGUUGUGGAGAUCGUCGAUGUCAAGCUCCCUGCUUUCGCUCCCAAAGAUGGGCAAAUUGCUUUAGGACCUGUAGAAUUUGAUGGACCUGCUGCCAGGUCUGCUAAAAGGAAGAGAAAGAACCAGUUUAGGGGAAUCCGUCAGCGUCCUUGGGGAAAAUGGGCAGCUGAAAUUAGGGAUCCUCGUAAGGGUGUACGUGUUUGGCUUGGUACAUUCAACACUGCUGAAGAAGCUGCAAGAGCCUAUGAUGCAGAAGCUCGUAGAAUCCGUGGCAAGAAAGCCAAGGUGAACUUCCCUGAGGAAGCACCCACCGGUCUUCAAAAGCGCCUCACGAAAUUAACUGCACCAAAAGCACCAACAUCGGACCGCCCACAAGAAAGUCUCAACUUCAACCAGUCUUUCGGUUGCCUGAACGAUAUUGAUCAUGAUAUCUACUCGACUUUUGAUCUGUUUGAGGAAAAGGUGCCCAUCAAACAACCUAUGAGUCAGAACUCCACCGAGAUAGAACCAGCUCCACCUACUGAGAGACCUGGGAUGAUGUACUCUGAUCAGGGAAGCAACUCCUUUGUCUAUUCUGAAUUUGGUUGGGAACAUGAGGUUAAAACUCCAGAGAUCACGACAAUUCUUGAUCCAACCAUAACCGAAGUUCAAAAUUUUACAUGUCUGGAAAAUGGUGGUCCUCUGAAGAAAUUGAAGAACAAUGCCGGAGAGACGGUGCCGGCCGAGGAAAAUGAUGGUGUCAAAUUCUCUGAAGAUUUAUCUACUUUUGAGUCACUCAUGAAGUUUCUGCAGACACCUUAUCUGGAUGGUGGUUCAGAUGAUUCAAUCGAUACCUUCCUCAAUUAUGACAUGACUCAGGAUGAAAGUGGAGUGGACCUGUGGAGCUUUGAUGACCUGCCACCGGUAGCUAGCAGCGUUUACUGAGCGACCUUAAAUUAAGGCAAAUGGUCUUCUGUAAAUACGUGUGUUGUUGUUUUCCUCUUUGUUCCAGGAACCAGUGUCGAUGGAUGUUAUGCUGAACCAGGGAUUUCCUUUAUCAUGAUUUAGUAAACCUUCUGAGUUAUGCUACUAUGUUUAGGUAUUAUCAUCGGUAGUCUCUAUUCUGUUGCCAUGUGAAGUGUUCCUGUCUAGAGUCUGGGUUGUCUAUGUCGGACAUGUAAUGGGUAUGAUGAAAUCUAUUGAAAUACUGGUUUGGCUCUA